AUGGCAUGCUCACGGACCUGCUCCCAAGUACUGGGGCUGAGCCUCGGGACUACAGCCCUGUUUGCUGCUGCAGCCAACACAGUGCUCCUCCUUCCUAACUGGGAUGUGACCUACCUGUUGAGGGGCCUCAUUGGCAGGCAUGCCAUGCUGGGCUCUGGGCUCUGGGGAGGAGGCCUCAUGGUUCUCACUGCAGCUACCCUCAUCUCCUUGACGGGCUGGAGAUAUGGCUGCUUCAGUAAGAGUGGGCCCUGCCAAAGUAUGCUUACUGCUCUGUUGUCAAGUGGCCUGGCUUUUCUUGGGGCCUUGAUUUGCUUUAUCACUUCUGGAGUAGCCCUGAAAGAUGGUCCUUUUUGCAUGUUCGAUGUUUCGUCCUUCAAUCAGACACAGGCUUGGAAACAUGGUUACCCAUUCAAAGACCUGCAAAACAGGAAUUAUUUGUAUGACCAUUCACUCUGGAAUUCUGUCUGCCUGGAGCCUUCUAAAGCUGUCAUGUGGCACGUGUGCUUCUUCUCUGCCCUUCUGUGCAUCAGCCUCCUCCAGAUUCUCCUGGUGGUCAUUCAUUUCAUCAACAGCUUCCUGGGCCUUUUCUGCAGCCUCUGUGAGAAGUAA